CGUACAAAAAUAUCUCUGUUCUUAUACAUUGACUUGUAGUUCUGAAUUCAACACCACCACCACCAACAACUACAAGAACCAGUCUUCUCUUUCAAUCAAAAUCCAUUUCACUAACCAAAACAAUCAUGACCAUCAGAUAGUGUUCCCACUUCUUCUUCUUUUUUUUUGUGGUUCUCUUUUCAUCGUCUUUUAUUUUCAGAAUCCCUUUUUUAACAUGGAUUCUGAAGAGUCUGUUCGCCAACUCAGAGGCGUUGUCAUCAUCACUCUUCCUCCUCCGGAUAACCCUUCUUUAGGCAAAACCAUCACUGCUUUUACUGUUACUAAUGACUCUCCACAGCCCCACCAAACUCCACAAGAAAAUGAUUUGAUUCCACAGGAACAAAACCCAGUUCCUGAACUUCCACUUCAGUCCCCUCCAGUUCAAUUCUAUAUACCAAGACCCCUUUUUGACUCUCCAAGGAAGCUUUUUGGCCUUCUGGGUAUCGCUGUUCUGGCUCUUCUUCUCUAUAGUUCCGUGUUUUCACACACUGUUCAAGAGCUUCGUAAUUCUAAAGAGGAUCGUGAGGAUAAGAAGACUCUUAUUUUCCCUUUGUAUCGGAAAUCUAGUGUUCCUGAGAAUGAUAUAGAGUUUAAGCUUGGGAGGGCUGUAGCUUCAAUUUAUGCGGAUAAAAAGAAUAUCAACAAAAAGUCUUUUUCUGCUAAUACUGUCGGUGUUGAUUCUUCUUCAAUUUUCCCUGUUAGGGGCAGCGUUUAUCCAGAUGGGUAUGCUUAA